AUGACCUCACGGAGCAGGCCCAGGGCGGGCAGCGGCCAGGUGUGCUGCCCCGCCUCCUUCUCCCGCCAGCCGCCCCGCAUCCUGAUCGUGGACACGUCGCCGCCCUGGUGGUUGAACGCCUGCUUCAACGUGUGCGAGGCACUGGAUGACUUCCUGACCCUGGCGAGCUGCCUGGAGGGGCCCUGCCGCCUGCCGCUGCUCAGCCUCUAUGCUGUGAGCAGCCAGACAGAGUGCCUGCUGCCCUUUGUGCAGGUGAGGGGGAACCUGGCUCGCCUUCGCUCGUGUGUGGAGGAGCUGCGCUCGAUGCCCAGAGAGGGGACUGUGCGGCCGAUGGGGGGGCUGCUCCGGCAGGCCGUGCAGGACAGCCUGCUGCAGUUCAAGCAGUACCUGCGUCACAUGACCGGGGACAGCCACGUCAGCAGCAGCUCCGUCGAGGUGACGGUGCUGACCUGCCAGCCGGGCGGGGCCCUGCUGAGGCAGCUGGAGGCGGGGCUGAAGGACACAGACCUGCUGAGCUUGAGGCGUCUGCUGCUGGUCUGCAUCUCCCAGGAGGCAGGCUCAUCAGGAGAGGAGCCCGGCUGGAGUCCCGCAAACCCUGCCUCCCCCAGCCUGGAGAACCCUGCAGACAGCCUGAUGCUGGGUGCGGAGAUGGACCUGCAGCAGGUGGAGAACCACACCCUUGCCCUGGAGAGCGUCUUCAAGGGCUGGCUGCAUGACCAUGGGGGAGACAGAGAGCACCUGCACCUUCUGCUGCCCCCCUCCCUGCAGACGCCAGUCUGUCUGAAGUGUGACAUCCAGGAGAGGCUGAUUAGCCCCGCCCUCCUGCCUGGUACACCAGACCUCGGAGCUAACACAGAGACUGUGCGGGAUUUCCUCCCACCCACCAAAGGCCCAGCCAAUCAGGGCGCUCCGCCACACCGACUCACAGUCAUCAAAGCCCUGCAGGCUGAUGGGAUCUGUGAGUCAGUGCUCUAUGGCCUGCCUCUUAUCAUCAGACCCACAAACUGCUGGCAGCUGGACUGGGAUGAGAUGGAGAUGAACUACCAUCACUUCCACGCCCUGUGCCACACCCUCAGAAGCCGUGAUUGGCUGCUGCUGGCGCGCUGUGAGCCGGGGCUGGGUGGAGGCGCUGGCUCCUCCCACUGCGUGCUGCAGGCCUCGGGCUCCCUGUCGCUGCUACUGAAGCCUGUGGCCCCCCGCGAGCUGCUGCUGCCCUGCGCCCUGCCCAUCCCCGGCGAGGACCCCCCCCACAGCGCCCUCACCACCAUCCAGGGCUCCCUCGCACGGCUGGAGGAGGACCCUGUGUUCAACCCCCUGUUUCUGAGGAGCAACCUGUACCGGCACCUGAGGGCUCUCCCCACACGCGGCCCCUACGCCUGCAGACCGCAGCGGCCAGCAGAGGGCCUCGCGCAGAGACAGCCCCGGCAGCCCCGGCAGGACCGGCAGCCCCAGGGCAGGGCAAGGGCGACGGUGGCCCCCCUCACAUCCGCCCCCCCCCGCGAGAGCGUCCCGCCCACCGCUGACCAUGCACCGCUCAUGCGCCCCAUCUCUCUGCUCCGAGGGCGAGGACGAGCCGUUCGCCGCGCCGUGAGAGAGGGGCAGAACCUCCCGUCACCCUCGUGCCGUCAUGGUGGGUUUAAAAGGAAGCACCUGUCUGGUGCUCAGGUCCUGGCACUGGGGUAUCAGCAAAUCAGCCACAAGCUCAGUGGCCUCACUGCCUUGCCUAUGUCUGCCUUAACACUAGGCUCAUAG